GGCUCUCUUUUCAGCAACUUGUAGGAGGAUGAGGAUCCUUCAGACCGUAUCUUUGAAACUAUAAGAUAGAACAUGGAGAAAGACCAAUAACUGUAUCUCUCCUUUUGGUCCUUUCAAAAUUAAUGGGUAAAUCCCAAGAAAAGAUUCGGUCUCGUCGAAUCAUUUGUUCAUAGUAAAGCCUGUGAGUCAAGCAACUAGAGUCACAAGCAACACCAAGCUCAAACUCAGGGCUUGGGUCUCGUGAAUUGUUUGUUCUAAGGCUUCUUUCAAUCCAUCCUUUUCUUCUUCUUCAUUUUCUUCAAGAAACCGAGCUCUUAAUCGAAAAUCAAGAAAAUGGACAGGGUUAUGAGAAUGUCGUCAGAAAAACGAGUGGUUAUAUUCAGCAAGAGCUCCUGUUGUUUGUCCUACGCGGUUCAAGUCCUCUUCCAAGAUCUCGGGGUUAACCCCAAGAUCCACGAGAUCGAUAAGGACCCCGAAUGCCGGGAGAUCGAGAAGGCACUACUGAGGCUAGGCUGUUCAAAGCCGGUCCCAGCCGUCUUCAUUGGUGGCAAGCUCGUUGGUUCGACCAACGAAGUAAUGUCCAUGCACCUAAGCAGCUCGUUGGUUCCCUUAGUGAAGCCAUAUCUCUGUUAAAGAAGAGGUGUUUCCAAGGAUUCUUAAAUUUAGCUAUGGAAAAUGUAUUGCAAUAAGGAAAAAAAAUUUCGACCAAAUUUUGUAAUGUGUUUUAGUGUUAUAUUGGUUGUUUAACUUCUCAAGUUGUAUGGAAUCCUUUUCUUUGAAAAAAAAAAAAUUGUUGGGAAAGUGUAUAAUUGUAAGAGUGAUAUAUUAAUUAAAGGGUAAACACAUUUAUGCUAAA